CUCUUUCCUCUGUGUUUGCAGUAUGAUGCUGUUCCCAUUCAGUCCAGUGUGGUGCUGUGUUCCUGUCCGUCACCAUCAAUGGUGAGGUCCCAGACUGAGUCCAGCUCAGCCCCUGGCAUUCCUAGUGGUGUUAGCAGGCAGGGACCCACCAUGGAUGGCACCACAGCUGAAGCCCGACCAAGUACCAACCCCUUGCAGCAGCACCCUGCCCAGCUGCCACCACAACCUCGAAAGAAACGGCCUGAAGACUUCAAGUUUGGGAAAAUUCUUGGAGAGGGCUCUUUUUCCACAGUUGUUCUGGCCCGAGAACUGGCUACUUCCAGAGAAUACGCUAUUAAAAUUCUGGAGAAACGUCAUAUUAUAAAAGAGAACAAAGUCCCGUAUGUAACUAGAGAGAGAGAUGUGAUGUCACGCCUGGAUCACCCAUUCUUUGUGAAACUUUACUUUACAUUUCAAGACGACGAAAAGUUGUAUUUUGGGCUUAGUUAUGCCAAAAAUGGAGAGUUACUCAAAUACAUCCGCAAAAUUGGUUCAUUUGAUGAGACCUGUACCCGGUUUUACACGGCUGAGAUUGUGUCUGCUUUAGAGUACUUGCACGGCAAGGGCAUCAUUCACAGAGACCUUAAACCAGAAAACAUUUUGUUAAAUGAAGACAUGCACAUCCAGAUUACAGAUUUUGGAACAGCAAAAGUGCUAUCCCCAGAGAGUAAACAAGCCAGGGCCAACUCAUUUGUAGGAACAGCACAGUAUGUUUCUCCAGAGCUGCUCACAGAGAAGUCGGCGUGUAAGAGUUCAGACCUUUGGGCUCUUGGAUGUAUAAUCUAUCAGCUUGUGGCAGGACUCCCACCGUUCAGAGCCGGAAAUGAAUAUCUUAUAUUUCAGAAGAUCAUUAAACUGGAAUAUGAUUUCCCAGAGAAAUUCUUUCCUAAGGCAAGAGAUCUUGUGGAAAAACUCUUGGUUUUAGAUGCCACAAAGCGUUUAGGCUGUGAAGAGAUGGAAGGGUACGAGCCUCUCAAAGCUCAUCCAUUCUUUGAAUCCAUCACAUGGGAGAAUCUGCACCAGCAGACACCUCCGAAGCUCACAGCUUACUUGCCAGCCAUGUCAGAGGAUGAUGAAGACUGCUAUGGCAACUAUGACAAUCUCCUGAGUCAGUUUGGCUGCAUGCAGGUGUCAUCCUCCUCCUCUUCCCACUCGCUGUCUGCGGUGGAUACCAGCCUGCCCCAGAGGUCGGGCAGCAACAUAGAGCAGUACAUCCAUGAUUUGGACACUAACUCAUUUGAACUAGACUUACAGUUUUCAGAAGAUGAGAAAAGAUUGUUAUUGGAAAAACAAGCCAGUGGAAACCCUUGGCACCAGUUUGUAGAAAAUAACCUAAUAUUAAAAAUGGGCCCAGUGGAUAAGCGAAAGGGUUUAUUUGCAAGACGACGGCAGUUAUUACUCACAGAAGGGCCACAUUUAUAUUAUGUUGAUCCUGUCAACAAAGUCUUGAAAGGUGAAAUUCCAUGGUCACAAGAACUCCGACCAGAGGCCAAGAAUUUUAAAACUUUCUUUGUCCACACGCCUAACAGGACGUAUUACCUGAUGGAUCCAAGUGGGAAUGCUCACAAAUGGUGCAGAAAGAUCCAGGAGGUUUGGAGGCAGCGGUACCAGAGCCAUCCAGAUGCUGCUGUGCAGUGACGCGGCCUGCGGCCGGGCUGCCUAUCGCUGCCAGGAUACCUGCCCCAGCGCGGCUCGGCCGCCACCCAGGACGCUUCCAGACCACCUGCCAGCCAUCUCAAGGAGAACAUGGAUGAUGGAAACCUUGCAGCUUUUUUAUUUAAAAGAAAAGAAAAAAAAGAACCCAGCCACACAAAGAACAAAACAAAUAACCAACAAACAGGAAUUCAGGGUCGCUUUGCUUGCUCUCUGUGCUUUGUGGUGGCUUCCAUGCACUGCUGUGGCCAUGGAGACCCAGCUCCUUGCAUGGUAGCCCAGUUUCUGCCCAGACCAGUGGCCACAUUUGGCAUCACCAGCCCCUCCUAGCAUCCACAGGAACUGCAUGCCUGCUUCUACCUUUCCCCACCUGAUAAACACAGCUCCUUUUGUGACUGAGGGACCGGGUGUAUCUGGCUCUCCUUCACCGGGGAGCCUCUUCACUCCUCUGCUGGGGUGGUCACCAGCUCACUGUGGGUACAGGGCUCUUAGCUUGUGUGUGUACUCCCUUCCUUGAGUCCCUUAUAUGGCCCUAGAGAUGUGGUCAGGUGUGUUUCCGAUGGCAGCAUUUCUGUGGUCCCUGCCUUACAGUAGGCAGGUUGUAUGGUGAGAAGUAUGCAGGCUGCUGUAGUUACAGGCUGCCCUCAUUGGGCUCUGCUCCGUCAUUCCACUUCCUAGAAGUUCAUCCAGGGAAUUAGACACCAAGCCCAAGCAUGUGUUCAGGAGUGGUGCCUGUCUGUUCAGGAGUCAUACCAGCGCCUAGAUAACACCAACUAGAUCAUUACCCGAUAUAGAAUCCUGUCUUGAACCAGGGCAUGCCUGGAGGUACCAUGGAGAAUCCAGCCUGGGCCACAGCUCCCAUGUGGAGGAGUGGGGUAGCAGGCCUUCCUGGAAGUUUCUGCAAAGGUUUAAAUGUGUAGGUCACAUGCCAAUGUGGCAGGAGCUGAGAAAUCCCAGGGUGUAUGCCAAUUUCCAGCGCAGCCUCACAUGUACCUGUUAGUGCUGUGGGUAAGUACUUCUCAGCUAGCUCAGUUUCUACAUCUCUGUUGAAAAUCUGAAAGCUUUCUCAUGUUGCCUGGUCACCUGGUACCAUAAAGCCAUGGACCUUGCCUGGAAAGAAUGUUACCACUGUCUGGCUCAUAGGAACAGCCCACCUAAACCUGAGCCUGCCUGUCCUGGAAUUCUUUCCAGUAUUGGGACGUUUCUCUGAUGCUGAGCUGGCAGUGCUUUGUUCUGUAACACAGAUGGUCUGAGAUAGUUCGGCACUCUUGCAGAAUGCUUCUGAGGGACUUAGUUGUACCUUUCUCUCUGACUAGGAUGUCCCUAAAGGGCGGCCCUUGGUCCCUAGUGGGGAAAAGUAGGCACCUGCCUUCAUAGACUGCUCACAGCAACACCUCUGACUCCCAUGUACCGAAGGCAGCAACAAUUUUGCCUUUUUUUGGUGUUGUUGUUUUUUGACUUUCACAAAGGCGCUCCAAAAAUGCCCACACCACAAUUACCCCAGUGCUGUCCACAGUGAGCACCUGUGGGCCAGGCCACCCAAACUGAGAGGGGAGAGAUUCUAUUCUCAAAUUUUAAUAAGAGGGUGGAGUGUAGAUGAGAAGCUUACCAUCAAGCUUUGGCAGGGAUGCUGGAUGGGAGCAGGGGUUUUCUUCAGACUUUGCUAGAUUGUGUGAUAAGUGUCAGGUGACCAAGGAGCAGGUGUCAGGACUUCACCUGCCCCCAGGACCCAGGGAACAGAUAGCCCAGAACACUGUCAGUCUGUGAGUGGAAGUCGGCACUCUUUCUCCUGGUUUUUGAAGAAUCUGUUAGCUUCACUUAGGUGUUUCCUCCUUAGAGUCCUGUUCUUGUUCAUGCCUUGUGGCUAUUUAGCCCUCAAGAAUGUCCUAUAACCUGCGUUUACUUGUGUAAAAAUGGCUUUCUGGCUGUCACAUGCAUACAGACACAGGGAAGGUAUCUCUGAGGACACUUAACUACAGGGGACCACAUGGGGCUGAGGUGUGGCUUGAAUUAGAACACCUGGCUGGCUUAUGGGAGAGUCCUCUGUUGUUUUCUCCCCUGGAGAGCAACACUACCUCCUGGGCUUUACCAAGUGCCAUCCUAACCUCCAAAAUCAGAGUUUAGCUGAGCUGGUAGGGGGUGGCCAUGAUGACUGCCCUAUGCUACAAUAGUUGAGCUCUUCCCAGCUCAUCUUUAUCCUUACUGCCCCCUUUUCCUUGAUUUUUUUUCCCUUAAAGAACCAUGUACAUUCUUUUCUUACCUGGACUUAGAUCAUUUUCGUUUUUUUCCAGUCAUCCCUAGAGCCAUCACCCAGUGUGCAGGUGCCUUACACUGUAGGACAGGAUGUGGGUGUCAGUGUGUGUGUGUGUGUGUGUGUGUGUGUGUGUGUGUGUGUGCGUGUGUGUGGGAGAGAGAGAGAGAGAGAGAGAGAGAGAGAGGAGACAGUAAAUAGGGGAUCUAGCUAAGGAGAGAAGGAAAUGCCCCAUUAGUAGCUCCAGAAGUCAUGUGCCCUAAGAAUGGCAAGAUGUCCUCUGGCUUCUCUUACCUAGGACUGUACCUCACAGGGCGGUGUCACAUGAAGCUGAGCUGGAAUGGGUCAUUUCCACCUGUUUUUCUGCACUCUGGUUGGGCAGUGGGCUGUAGUUGUCUAGGUACUCUAGAGAGUGGCACCAUGGCUCAGCCAUCAUUCUAAGCUCUAUCCUGGUUGAUUCAGUAGAAACCACUUUGAGAAAGAUGGCUUGUAUUAGGCUGGUAGAAACUUCACCUGCUGCAGCCCUCUUUGGGCCACCCUAGUGUUUAUAAUCUAUGCUUGAGGUAACCUUGCAGAUAUUCAAGUGUGGCACAGAUUCCCAGUGCCAGCAAGGAGGCAGGUAAUUGUGUACUUUCUUAAAAGUAGUAUCUGUUUUGUGAAAGUAAAAGAAAAGAAAGGCCCACCAUUCAGAGACCACUGUGAGCAUUUUAAUGUAGAUCCUGCUCUUCCCUCCCCAGCUUUUUGUUGCUAUUGUCAGUUGUCCCAGUGCUGGGAAUUGAAUCAGGGCAUUCAGGAAUGCUAAGCAAGUGCUCUACCACUGAGCUACAUCCUUAGCCCUUGUUUGCUUUUUAAAUCAAACUGGGAGCAUACAGCAUACAUCAUUUUGUAUCCAGCCUUUUCACUUGACAUUUUUUACCCUAAGCAUUUCUCCAUACCAUGAGCAGUUCUUCAAAAGCAUGUUUUUAAUAAUUGUGGACUCAAAUGGUUGUAAAUUUACAAGUUAUCCAACUGUUUCCCUGUUAAACAUUCAGAUGGUUUUGGGGUUUUCUGUUUGUUUUUUGCUAUUUAAAUAAUGCUGUGGUGAAUAUACUUAUCUGUCUUUGAUUUUUACUCUGAUUUUUUCUCUCCCUCACAUGCCUGCAAGUGGUAUUUUUUUGGGUCAAAGAAUUUGUUCAUUUUGAAGUUGCUCCUCCUCCUCGGUCUGAUCUUUGAUGCUCUGAGUCCCAUUAACACGUCCUUUCUCAUGUCCUACAGACUUUUGAUCACAAUUUCUGCUAAGCUGUGUAUUCCCAAGAAAGUUUGACUAUGACCGCUCUUUUUUUUUUUUUUAAUACUCAAAUUUCAUUACUGCAGAUCCAUUUGAGACAGAUUUUUCCAUAAGCCAGUUUCUUCAUUUUCAGUGCAAGAAUCUGGUCAUUCAUGUUACUUCUCUUCCAUCUUUGCUGCUAUGGCUUCCAAGUGCUUGGUGAUGUUUUCAGAAUCUUGUACUUCGUGUCCACAAUGGUACUGAAUCUGCUUCUGCAUAGUCAGCAGAGAUAAAGUGUUAAACUGACAAUGCCACAUGCUUAAUGGGUAAUCAUAAUUAAGUUUAUAGACUCAGAAAGUGCAUUUGGGCCAUUUUGGGAUCAGUUGUAAAGCAGAGUAGCAAAGCUCUAAUCGAAAAAGAAACCAUGUAGAUGAUUGGGUUUUAUAAAAGUAUAGUUGUGUCCUUGUUCCACCCCUCAGGUUAGCAGUUCAGGACAGCACAGUGACCAGGCUUUUUCAUUGCAGAGGAUGGGUAUCCAAGCUGAUGUUUAUGUAAACCUUUCUGUGUGCUACAGGUAAUUAUGGUCUUCUACUACAGCCCACCUAACCACAUUGGGUUGUAUCUUUGUGUUGGGUGGGGCCUGUUGAUUCUAUUUAGAAAUAUACAGCAGAGUAUUUUUGGGCACCACACUCAGUGUUACUCAAUUCUACCAGAGCCUAGGGCUCAAGAAAUCAGCUACCUGCUUUUUGAUGCCUCAAGGCUUCUCCCUACUGCGCCACAGACCCAAGGUGCUCAUGUCUGAGACUUGGAAGGCUGUAGCAGCUCUGAGUGAGGAUACCAUGUUCCAAGAGAUGCUGCUGUACACCUUCUCCAUUCUGUUGUUUUAUUGCAAAACCCAACAUAAACUGACUCCAGUGGGUGUAGCACCUCUUAGGUAGAAUGUAUGACAAGGACCCUGGCAGAUGAGACAGGGCUGGGACCACUCUCAGAGCCUCUGAAGAUAACUGGCUUCUGGCCUAAUACCUAAGGGUUAUAAAUCAGAAUGCUUGUGGAAAAGUGGCCUAGGAAGGAAGCUGUUUUUGUCAAAGCACCUUUCCAGUGAUGAGCAAAUGAAUUAACCGAUGUGAAUACCUGAAAUUCCCCUGUAAUUCUUUACUUCCAUAUGAAGAAUUCAAACUGUACAGGUUUUACAAAAGGCAAAUUUUCCCUUCCUCAUGUAGUCCACCCUAGUUUAAUCAUCUGGGUUAAUGACUACAAGUGAGUCAUUGUGCAGGUGAAAGCCUCCAUUAUGACCACAGUUUCAUUGGACAUUGGCAAAUUAAAAUGUUACAGUAUUUAGAGCUGCUUCGGCUGUUCCUUAGCCACAUACAGUAGGAUGAAUCAAUAGUCUAUUGCUGUCAUUCAGGUUGGUGGCAGUCAGUUAGAACAUGUGUAAUAUUCUCUACCUGGUCUGUAGCUGUAACUGUGAUGUACAGGCAAAGCAAAAUUAAAAAUACUUAUGAAAACAGAUAAUGCAAUGAUACUAGGAUAUACACUUUUGUAUUUUUAUUCUUAUAUAAGGUUAUUUGCUGGCUAUUGUCGGCCUCUAGUUCAGUCUGUUAUUUAAAUUCUAAUAUAUGAAUUAUUUGGAUUGGAUUCAUGUUUGGGGCCACGUUGUUGUAUGUAUUGAUGUACAGCCUUGAAUGUGAAUAAUUAUUGUAAACUAUAUUUUACAACUUUUUUCCUGGCUUUAUUAUAUAAAUUUUCUAUUUGGUCAUGGUUUAAUCAUAUAAUUUAAUGAAAAAAAUCUUUCUCUUUUUUUCAAAUAUCUGUGCUUUAGAUGUAAUUACCGGAUGAUGGAUUUUCCUCGUAUGCUCGGUAGUCUUGUAAUAAAAGCAUGUAGAGUGAA